UCGCACUGACAAUGACAUUGCCUGCGUGAAAACUCUCCAGCAAAUCAGAACUGUGGUGCACUUCUUUACAAUUUUAGUUUCCUUGCACAAUUUUCUGCCUUUCUUUAAACUGGAACCUUUUUCUUUGAUCGGCGGAAAUAUCCUACUACAGCUAUCGGAUAAUUAUAAUUCAAAAGUAUUGUACGCACAAGUACUGUGAGUCGAACAGUUUGUUACAAAGUACGGAUCCUGGUUCGAACGGAAAAGUUCCACAUCAAAAGCACAUCCACUGCUGCUUGUAUUGGUGACCAUGGUCGUUAGUAUAUGCGCAAAGUAAGUGCGUGUUUAGCUGGUUUGUUAUUCCGGCAAGAUCAACGAACGCUGCAAUGGCAAACACCGGCAACGAACAGAAUGAAGCAUUUUGGGCUCCGGAUCAGCGUAAUCAUCCAUCGCAGCAACAACCGCAGCAAUUUGUUGCAUCGGAUGGAUCAAUUGGUGGUACUUCCAACAGUUACUUCCAGCCAAGCGCUAACUCUGGCUUUAACCAUGGGCAUCCACCAAGUGCGGAUAAUUUUACUGUGCUAUCCGAUGGAUUUGGGAAUUUUAUUAAAGUGUAUCACCAGUCCAAUGAAGAUGUUAACCUAAAUAAUCCUGGAAAGUACGAGUAUGAGCUAUUCUCCAGCAACAACAAUUUUGUACGACCGGCGCCGCCCUUUGGCUAUUUGUUUCAUCAACAACAGCAGCAGUCAGCAGCACCAGUUCCAACAACAGUAGUUCCUCCGGAAAACACGGCCAGCAACACCAAUCUGCUCAUUAAUCAACUCGUUGGAAAUUGGGCUCCAACUAUCUCCGGAACGUAUUCGCCUUUUGGUGGCGGUGGUCCAUCACUUCUCGCAGAGGGCUUACCGCGAUCUUCUCAAGAACCAUCAUUUCAAGCUCAGCAGUCGACCCAGCCGCAAUCGCAACCUUUGCCUGAGCAGCCGCAACCGGCACAAAAGUCUCCGGCACACCAAUCAGUAAUAAUGUCCGCUUCCGUUCCGACGGUUAAUCUUCCACAGCCAUCGCCUUCACCUAUGGUUUCUACUACUGCAUCUUCCACUAAUAUCAAUAAUUACAACCAGCUGAACGAUGAUAACAGUGCAAAGUUAAAUCAGAAUGUUAACAAAAAGCAAAGGAUGGUGGCGGAGGUUAAGCCGAUGCGAAUGUCUUACUCGGAUGUGCUUAGUAAGAACGUGGCCCCAUCGACAGUGACUGCGACUGCACCAUCAUCCUCGAACGGUACAAAUGGUGGGUUUGGACAUGCUUCAGCUGUAACAACAAAGCAUGUCGCUUCCCCAGCCGGGUCCAAUGGUGGUCAUGGAAAUAAACCGAAUAAAGGCCACAAUAAAAAGACGCAGCUUGCUGCAAGUGGACUGGAGGAUAAGUUUACUCGAAAACCGGAACGAAAUAAUGGCACGGGUGCAAAAAAGUCGACGAUGGGUACACAAUCUAGUGGAAGUACUGGUACUUCACAACCCACCGGAGAGCUUCUCGGUGGGGGUUCCAAACCAACUGUUGCUGCUGAGAAAUCGACUAAAAAGGCGGAAAAAUUCACAACAAGCAAAUCAGCAAAAGGCGGGAAUGGUUAUGCUAUCAAGAAGAAUCGGGCACGAAACUUUAAUGAUUCGUACACAAUCCAGGAUGUUCAAAGUGCCUCUGGAAAGGAUGCGGCCAGUGUGGAGGAGGUUGAAGAAUUGGAAGAAAAUGAGGAGGGUCGUGAUGAAGAUGAAGAUUCCGCGGAAUAUGAUGAUGAUUCCCAAUCGCAGAUACCGCAAAACUCUUUUAUGUACAAUGUGAAAAAAACCAACUCUAACGAUGGUUCCGGACUACGGAGUUCGCACAAGCGAAGUGGUCGCACUGCAGCUUCGGGCCGUACCAAAAUAGAAAAAAAUAAUCAACAAACAAACAGCAAACGAGGACAGCGCCCACGAAAGAAUCAAAAAUACGUGAUCAUUCAGAAGAUUAUCAACGCAUGGAUUGAGUACACAGUGAUUGUUUUACUAUGGCUGUGGUCUUUGGUAAGCGACGUGGUUUAUCUGAGUUUCCGCUUGUUCUGGGAUUACUUGAUAGCUGCUUACCAGUACUGUAAGCAGCAUGUCAUCAGCAUCAAACAGGAGCUACAGCAGAAUCGACCUGGGGCAUGGUUUAAAGGCGUUUGGAUGUCUUUCGAUAAUCGGUUUGGCAAAGAUUCGAAGUGGGCUUUUUGGCGACGUGGAAAUAAAAAUUCCGUUACAACUGAUGAACAAGCCGAUUCCAAUAAAAAUUACUACAAAGAUGGACGUUUGCCAACGACAGCAGACGAGGCAAUGUCUUCGCUGCUGAAUUGCAAGGGUAAAGAUGCGUACAGUAUACUCGGUGUUCGGCUUGAUUGUUCGCAGGAGCAGAUUCGAAAGCAUUAUAAAAAGAUUGCCGUGCUGGUACAUCCGGACAAAAACAAGCAGCCUGGUGCGGAGGAAGCGUUUAAAGUGUUGCAGCGAUCGUUCGAGUUGAUAGGCGAACCGGAGAACCGCAAAGCGUACGAUCAAAGCUUGGCUGAAGCUCUUAAUGCUGAGAAAGCUUGGUCUGAAAUUAACGAUCUGCUAACGCAGUUGCACACAAAAAUCUCGGAAGCCGCUAAUACUAUCCGAUGUAGUAGUUGCUGCCUCAGACAUCCUCGUAAGCCUACAGGGCGGCCUCACUACGCCGCCAGAGAGUGUAACUCGUGUAAGAUUCGACAUUCCGCUAGAGAGGGUGAUAUUUGGGCCGAAACUAGCUUUUUCGGGUUGCGUUGGAAAUACCUUGCUAUGAUGGAGGGAAACGUGUAUGACAUUACUGAGUGGGCAAAUUGUCAGAAAGGAGCUCUGUCUCAUCUGCAACCCAACUCGCAUAUUGUUCAGUAUCGCAUCGUUCUUGGUGGAUCGCAGCAGCAACAACAGCAGCAACAGAACCAACAACAAGGCCAACACGCAAGUGGCCAAGGACAAUCGCACGAGAAGGAUGGUCGUACCCGCAAGGAUGCUUCACCAAGUGAACCAAACUUGGACGAUUUCCUGAACAAUAUUUAUGGCGGGCAAAACCAACCAGGACAACAGCAAGCACAGAGCAACACUCGUCGGCGACAUCGUAGAAAUUGAUUUGGACAUCGUCUCAUUAUGUAACUUAGAUAUUCUAGUUUGCAGUCGACGCAUUGUAGAGAUUAACUAGUGUUUAGCUUUAAUUUGACCGCUUAUAAUCUCUGUGGUUAGUAUUUCCUCGGUCUCUACUCUGAUUGUCUCCAUUUUUUUAUCGUACCGCUACUAUCCGGUACGAAAGAUUUUUGCUUUUCAAGUGGCCAAUUAGUUUGUCAACAAGUUUAUGCGGUGGAGACAGAGGAAAUAUGAAUAAUAUAUCUUGAAAUAAUAAGCGGCGAUUGAAGUUCGCUUCGAGUCGUUCAAUAGCAACUCUAAAAUAAUGCACCGUAGCUGAAGCAGUUAAACGCUGAAAUAAAGAGCGUUACGAACAAGUUUGUGUUUAUGAUGCGCAAAUAAAGAACAAUUCUCUAUUUGUUACAAGAAGUUUUCUAACUGAAAGGAUGUAGGACAUUAACCCUCUCCUCGCGGAGAGAAAUCAGUUUUUACUUCGAAAAAUGAUCUUCAAACUCUUGUUACUUAUCAAUAACAUGCGCAGGAAUUUAGAAACUGCUACUAAAAGUUCCAUUUUUAAUCAGGCCAAUUCGAACCUGAAUAGAAUUGGUGAACUGUGAUCUAACUGAUUUGAUUAGAACAAAAUUAUGUGCAAAAGUUUAGUUUUCCAAAAAUUUAAUUAUAUGAGUUUUUCGAAGUCUUGGGUUACUUUAAUCAGAAGUCAAAUACACUGAAGUCGCAUCUUACGCGGGGGAUACGUGCCGAGUAAAAAAACGCGUAAACUCCGGAAUCCGAGUAAAGAAUUUCCGGAAUCCGCGUAAGAAAAAAAAAUUGCGUAAAUACGGAAUCCGCGUAAAAACCGCGUAAGUUCCAAAAUGAUUGUAUGCUUUUUCCCCAGAAAACAAAAUUCCAGAAUGUACCAAUCACCAGAAAACUGCUACCCAUAAAGUACUAAUCCCCAGAAAGUUAUUAUCCGGAAUGAACCAAUGCCCAGAAAACUAUCUACCAGAAAAUACCGUUUUCCAGAAAACUGUUAUCCUAAAACGAAGAAAUAUGCAUUAUUUUUUUAACAUGGAAAAUCUGUCAAUAUUGAGUUUUUGUAUAUCUGAAAUGUAUAACGAUUCUGUCAUUUGAAUCAACUUAUUGUCAACUAAUACAUUUGUUCUUUCAUGGAGUAAAUAAGUAAGCGGACAUUCUCCUUCUAACCGCCAAAGAGAGCGUACACAAAACUGCCGAGUCUGUCAAGUGUAGUGAAGUUUUACUUCGAGCAAUCGCGUCUGUUGGAAGCCAUUUUGUUUUUACGGUGUUCCACUGGAUCACAGUAAUAGAUAGAGAAAAAACCUUUCUUUAUUUUAAUAUUAGCUAUAAGGAAAAGAGAAAAUACAA